AUGUACACAUUGACAAUUGUUAUAUCUCGCUUCGCGUGGAAAAUAAGCAAUAUCUAUCUAUCUAUCUGUCUAUCUAUCUAUCUAUCUAUCUAUCUAUUCUAUAACCCUAUCAAGAACCCCGAGGCAAACCGAAGGGGCACCAGACCAUAUAUGGCAGCAAUACUCCAUGCAAGGGCGAAUGUGGAUUUGUGUAUCUAUCUAUCUAUCUAUCUAUCUAUCUAUUAUAUAACUUCGAAUAAUCUAUCUAUCUAUCUAUCUAUCUAUCUAUCUAUCUAUCUAUCUCUUUCUUUUUCGUUGAUGACAAAGACUCCAUUAAAAAACGACCCAAUCAUUCAUUACUGGAGCGGCAAUGAAUUCUUUUCUUUCUUUCUUUCUUUCUUUCUUUCUUUCUUUCUAAUACAUAUUUACGUAUCUUUCUUUCUUUCUUUGUCAUAUUUACGUUCCUUUCUUUCUUUUUCUUUCUUUCUUUCUAAUACAUAUUUACGUAUCUUUCUUUCUUUUUCUUUUUUACUUUCUUUCUUUUUCUUUUUUACUUUCUUUCUUUCUUUAUUUAUUUCUAAUGCAAAUUUAGCUUUCUUUCUUUUUCUUUCUUUCUAA